AUGUACUCAAUUUGGUCGUCCUCUGGUGGAUAUAGAGAUCCCACAGCGGUCUCUUUUCCUGGCUGGACGGCAACCAUCGCCAGCAGGACGCGUCCAUGGAAGUUCGAGACACUCGCCCCACUCAACAUAGUCUACACUGUUCUCUCAGAGGCCGUCAACGACUACAUCAACGACUGA